AGUUCCGUUCGCACGUGUUAUUCGCGCGCCAUCUGUCCACUCGCGAAGUGCGUCCGAAAUACACCUGUGAUAGUGAUAUGGUUCUGUGUGCCAAUCGGAUUCCUUCUUAGUGCUAUUGAAAAAGGAGUGUGCUGGCAUCCUCAAAGUGCGGUAAUGCGCCGCGCGCGCUCUCACGCGACAUAUGCAUGCCGCCCGCGCACCCGGUGUGGUUGUGAUGUCAUGGUGGUGGACACUGGCGGUGCUGGCGCUGUCGGAGCCCGCCCGCGCCGCGCCCCGCGCGGGCAUCGGUGAGCAAUUUUACAGUUAUCAGAUGUCGCGCAAAUCAUGCGUGGCUGGCGGCGCGCGUGGUGCGUGCAUGUGGGUGCAGGAGUGCAACCGUGUUGGAGGCAAGCAUGCAGGCGUGUGUGUGGAUGGCUUUAUGUUCGGAUCUUGCUGUCGACUGCCAGACAAGCCUAUUGUUAUAGAAGAAACGUCAAGUCCAGUCACCAUCACAGACAAACCGUAUACAGCGCCACCUACCGAAGUAACGCAGGCACCGACUCGACCCACGGCACAAACGCAACGGCCCUCGUUCAUGACGAAACCAAUAGAUGGCGUUGCAUCAUAUAACUAUAGACCGCCAGAACUUAACCUGCCAGUCGGCAAUCUAGAAUCAAAUAGCGAACAAAAUAGUGAUAUAGUUAAUAAAAUAACGUAUAACAGUGUAAAUAAGUACCAAAAUGUAAAUAGGCCGAACGGCGAUGUGGAAGCUAGUCCCCACAACAAAAUCUCUUCUAGUCUUAGCCUAAUGCCGGGUGCGCGACCUAUGGCCGUGUCGGAACAACACGCUGAAAACAGUAUUUCUUCAGCGCACAUAAUGUCCAGGCCUAACAAUGUGAACACAAUGCACUGGCAAGCUACAACCGAGCCAGCAUUCAUAACCAAGCCUCGACCCUCAAACUGGGAGAAACCAGGCAAACCAAAACCAACCAAGAAGUUCACUACAACUACAAGCAAACCGCAUAAGAACUACAUGAAGCCGAAGGACCCAAUGAUGAAUAUGAUUAACAAGACUGAUGAUACCACGGCGCCGACUAUACACACUACAGCCGCGACGAGUAGUGUGGAAUGCGGUGUAACAUCAAUGUGGCCCCGUCCCGACUCGCGCAUCAUGGGCGGCAAGGACUCUACCUUCGGGCGCUGGCCCUGGCAGGUGUCCGUUCGACGGAACUCGUUCUUUGGCUUCUCCUCCACACACAGAUGUGGUGGAGCCAUUAUCAAUGAGGGCUGGAUUGCUACAGCUGGACACUGUGUUGAUGAUCUGCUAACAUCAGCAAUCCGAAUCCGCGUCGGCGAGUUCGACUUUUCCUCUGUAUCAGAACAGUACCCUUACGUAGAGCGUGGUGUAGCCAGAAAGGCAGUACAUCCGAAGUAUAAUUUCUUCACAUACGAAUAUGAUUUGGCGCUUGUAAAGUUGGAUGCUCCUGUGCAAUUUGCUCCCCAUAUAGCGCCAAUUUGUUUGCCGGCGACUGAUGAUCUGCUUGUGGGGGAGACUGCUACAGUUACGGGUUGGGGGAGACUGUCGGAGGGAGGCGUUCUGCCAUCUAUUUUACAAGAGGUGCAAGUACCAAUAGUUUCCAACGAGCGCUGCAAGUCGAUGUUCCUGCGCGCCGGGAGACACGAGUUCAUUCCCGACAUCUUCCUGUGCGCGGGACAUGAGGGCGGCGGACAUGAUUCCUGUCAGGGAGAUUCUGGAGGUCCAUUACAGGUCAAAGGCAAAGACCAGCGGUAUUUCCUAGCCGGGAUCAUAAGCUGGGGCAUAGGUUGUGGAGAAGCCAACUUACCGGGCGUUUGUACCAGGAUAUCCAAAUUUGUACCUUGGAUACUUCAAACUGUUAACUCCUGAGUGAUAAUGUAAAUUAAAGACU